AUGAGAAUGGCAUCCAUGUAUGGUUUAGUUUUUUCAUUAGCAAUAAUAAGCUACGUGAGUGUUUUUUGUAAGAAAAUUUCAGAGGUGCCUAACAUUGUGUUUAUAGUCGCCGACGAUUUGGGUUGGGACGACGUAAGUUUUCACGGCUCAGAACAAGUGUUGACACCUAACAUCGACUUAUUGGCAUACACCGGGGUGGCUCUUGAGAGGUUCUAUAGCCACAGCGUCUGUACACCAUCCCGUGCCGCCCUUCUUACGGGAAAAUAUGCUUACACUAUGGGCAUGCAUGGCUACCCCUUAACAAAUGCUGAAGAUAGAGGCCUGCCUAUAAACGAGAAAAUUUUGCCUCAAUAUUUAAAAACAUUGGGCUAUGCGACACACUUAAUAGGCAAAUGGCAUCUCGGACAUUCUCGUUCGGAAUACUUUCCUAAUAAUCGUGGAUUUGAUAGUUACUUCGGUCAUAGAGGAGGAUUUAUAGACUAUUACGAAUACACUUGCGAAGAAACUUGGCGUACAGGGCCUGUAUCUGGUUUAGAUCUAUUCAGAAACACGUCAGCAGCUUGGGAUGUUGAAGGGUACAUUACCGAUAUCUAUACAAAAGAAGCUGUAAAUGUUGUAAAGAAUCACGACAAAUCGAAACCAUUAUUCCUUAUGGUGUCACACAACGCUCCACACGCGGGCAAUAAUGGCGCUUUGCUGCAGGCACCCCCGGCGACUGUGCGGUCCAUGCGACACGUCGAAUCACAAGAGAGGAGAAUUUUUUCAGCAAUGGUCAAGAAAUUAGACGACAGUGUCGGUGACAUCAUAGAAUCAUUAUCAGAUAAACAAAUGCUCAAUAACACGAUAAUUCUUUUUUUAUCUGAUAAUGGUGGAGCAUAUCAGAAAAAAUAUCCUAAUUUUGCAUCUAAUUGGCCUUUAAGAGGAACGAAAUUCUCUCCAUUCGAAGGUGGUCAAAGAGUUGUGGGACUCGUCUGGUCACCUCUCGUCAACACAACAAAUCAUCUAUUGAAAGGGUUUGUACAUGCUGUUGAUUGGUUACCAACCAUUUUAACAGCUGCUGGAUUAGAUCCACCUACUGAAAUCGAUGGUAUUGAUCAAUGGAACUCUAUACUCAACAAUGAAGACUCCAUCCGAAACGAAAUAUUUGAUAUCUACGAUGACAACCACGCGGUCUUUAAAUCAGCGAUUAUUGGUGAUUUUAAAUUGAUAACAGGGGUUGUAGAGGAAUAUGAUUAUAAAGGUGGUGACGUUAGAGGGAUAAUUGGAAAAGGACCGUCUUACGUCGAUGCGAUUAAAACAUGUAAAAUGCAUUCUAUUUUAUAUAGCACUGGAAUUAAAUUCGAUAUGAACGAUAUAAAUUUGAGGAAUGAUAUUCGUGUUAAAUGUAAAAAUACAGAAUACAAUAUGCCGUUGUGCAUUCCUGAUAAUGAUAAAGUCUGUUUAUAUAACAUCAAAGAAGAUCCUUGUGAGAAACGAGAUUUAUCAAGUACUCAUCCUGAUAUAGUGAGAAAUUUGUUAUCUCGCCUACAGAUUGAGUUGAAGAGAACUAAAGAAAGGGUAUGGCCUUUAAUAAGAGAUCCAAGGGGAAGGCCCAGCGCGCAUAAUUACACUUGGACUUCGUGGGCAGAUAAUCUUGCAUAA